CUUGAACUUCUCAUUCUCUUCCUCCUCAAUUUGAUCUUUGCCCCUCGUUGCGAACAAUUCUCCCCCUGUUCUUUGUCUUCUGCUAGAACUAUUGGAAUAUAAAGAUAUUUCUUAAAUCUACAUACACAUUACAGACCCCAACCAUACGUACGAUUUAUAGACCAACCAUGCCCCCGAUCGUUCACUGCGUCCGCCACGCCCAGGGCGUGCAUAACCUUUGCACCGCCAACCACGUCAUCCACGAUCCCCUCCUCACCGACCUGGGCAACGAACAAUGCAGCACCCUCCGCAAUACCUUCCCCCGCCACGAAAACAUUGACCUGGUGACCGCCUCCCCCCUCCGCCGCACCAUCUACACCGCACUCCAGAGCUUCGAGCCCGUCUUCAAGGCCCGCCCCGGUCUCGAAGUGAUUGCUCUCCCGGAUGCUCAGGAGACCAGCGAUGUGGCAUGCGACACGGGCAGUGACCCAGAUGUGCUGCGCAAGGAGAUGGAGGAGAAGAAACUCCCUGUCGACUUGAGCUUGGUCUAUGAAGGUUGGAACGUGAAGUCCGGUCGAUUUGCCCCGACCAACAAGGCGAUCAAGGACAGGGCCCGCGCGGCGAGACGGUGGUUGAAGGGGAGACCGGAGAAGGAGAUUGUUCUGGUCACGCAUGGCGGGUUCUUGCACUACUUCACGGAGGACUGGGAGGAUAGCAGUCAGUUCCAGGGAACUGGCUGGUCGAAUACGGAGUACCGCACGUACGUGUUCUCGGAGGAGGAGGACAGGGAUGAUCUCGAGGGAUAUCCGCUGGACGGAGACAAUGCCACCUUGGUAGAGACCCUGGAGUCGCGGCAGCGACGUGGGAAGUCGGGUCCGAUGCCGAACCGAGAGCAGCAGAAGAAGCUGUAUAAGAUCGGUACGCAGGGCUGGGAUGACCAGGGGUUGCAGCUGAGUACGGCGGAGCGUGAGGCUGCCAAAGUGCCGGAGGGCAAGGAAAUAGAUGGGGUUCGGGCUUAGAUGGAGAUUGCCUGGCUUUUACACUUAGAGAGAGGUUUUCUUGAAAGAUCGUUGAUAUACUCGCAGUAGAUAAUGCAUGAAAGAUUAUAUAGCAGCAAAGAAUCCCUUGUUUACU